AACAACCACACAUUUUCGAUAAGACAUUGCUUUCGUUCGUAUUCACAGCACAGUUAGCUCGUAUUUCAAAAUGAAAUUAUUUGUUUUUACGCUGCUGCUUGCAGGCUCAAUUGCCAUGCAUGUGGAGAGGAAUAAUCCCGGUAGAGACCACAGGGCUGAUAACCUUGAAACAUCAACGCUGGCUCACAGUAUAUCGUUCACUGAUCCAACUACAAGUGAUCCUUGUUAUUCAUGUCGGAACGAUCCAAUAGCCAUCACUGAUACGUGGGCAGGCCAAUGUUUUCCAGAUGGUGUAGGUGGAUCGUGUAGUUGUAUUUGCGCUGAUCUGUUCUGCUUUAACGGUGAAUUUAUUGACCGAUCGACUUGUGUACCAAACGGCCGUCUGCAAGACUGCAGAUGCAUUUCAACUUCAACAGUUGUGCCGACUACUGUAACACCAACCUCAGUUCCGUUCACUGGAUGCGGUGGAUCAAUUGGUUAAAUGCGUUUGAUGUAUCUGAUCCCCAUAAACUGACACCAGCAAUGGAUUUUUA